AUGAAGACCCGAACGGUAAUAAUGUAUAUGGAGAUAGGCUGCUUUGUAGUGUGUGUCUGUGGAUGGAUCCUCGUCUGUUCUACGAUGCCGACUGAGUACUGGACCUACUCUGAAGUGGAAAGCAUUGUCCUCACCACUUCAAACUACUUCUCCAACCUGUGGAAAGACUGCAUUUCAGAUUCCACCGGGGUGUCCGACUGCAAGGGGUUUCCUUCAAUGCUUGCCUUGCAAAUGUACAUUCAUCUGUGUCGAUCUCUCAUCAUCAUUUCCAUAAUCCUGGGCUUUUUUGGAGCUAUCCUGGCUUUAGUGGGGAUGAAAUGCACCAAGAUCGGAGGAUCAGAGAUUGCAAAUGCAAGAGUGACAUUUGCUGCUGGCCUAAACUACUUUGUAUCAGGUUUUUGUGCAAUGUUUGCCUUCAGCUGGUAUGGAAACAAAGUUGUGUCAGAAUUCCAGGAUCCUAACUACAAAGCACAGAAGUUUGAACUUGGAGCAGCGCUGUUUGUAGGCUGGGGAGGCUCUACCUUACUCAUUGUUGGUGGUCUGAUCUACAGUAUCUUUGCUGGAAGAGAAGGCUGCCAAUCUAGGUAUUAUUCUGUGUAA